AUGGGUUCCAGCAUAACCAACCCUUCCGGCCUGGCCCUGGAAAGGGGCAUGUGGGCUGCAGUUGCAGUGGCCACCGUCAUCAUCAUCCUCCGCAUCAUCGCAAAGAUCAAGAUUCACCACUUCCGCUUUGACGAUGUGUUGAUGGUCAUCGCAUGGGCAUUAACCCUCGCAUCCACGGUCAUCCUGACGCUCUGUGUCCAGAAUGGCUUUGGCACCAACCUCGAGAGCCUGCCAAUCCACAACACGGAACAGGUGCUGAAAUACAUUGCCAUCCAAGUGCCUCUCGUCACCAUCAGCACUGGUCUGGCCCGCUCCUCGUUUGUCCUCUAUCUACUCGGCAUCCUCGGUGGAAAAAAGCAGUAUUCGAUUGCGUUAUGGUUCGCCAUGCUGCUGCAGCUCAGUGCCAAUAUUGUCUCGGCGGUCCUCCCACUGUGUAUCUGCCGUAACGUCAGGGUCCUAUGGGAUCCGACCGUCAAGACCACCUGUGGCAGCAGCGUGGCGGUGGUACGGUUCUCCUAUUUCUCGUCCUCCGUCAAUACGGCCACGGACCUCUUUCUGGCGGUGUUUCCCACGAUUAUCUUCUGGAAUCUGAAUCUGAAAAUGCGGAUCAAGAUCAGUUUGAUCAUGCUCCUGAGCCUUGGUGUAGUUGCCAUGGUUGCCUCGAUCAUCAAAACCACCAAGCUGGACGAAGUGCCCAGCAUCACCAACCUGGGCGCCGGUGGGGCGGUCGGACUGAUCCGCUGGGGGUACUCGGAGAACCUGAUUAUUAUCAUCACAUCCUCCGUGCCGUGCAUUCGGCCCCUGCUGAUCUCGUCCGUGCGCAAGCUGUCGAGUGCGGCGCGGUCUCGCUCCUAUGAACUCAGUGGGCCAUUCUCAGCCAACAAGGGGACGACGAAGAACGGUACGGCGCCAUCGCGGUUGCAGGAGCAGCAGAGCUCGGACAACCGGGACGACUGCGACAGUAUCGAGCAGAUUCUCAAGGACAGUUACCACACGGGGUCGACGAUGGAGUCGGGGCGGGGGAUUAAGAAGCAGGUUGAGAUCUCGGUGGUGUCGAAUCAGCCGCGCUGGGGAGAUCGGGGCAGCCGGCAUUAG